CUUCCAGGCAAAUUCCGGCCUCUUCAGAGCCACAUAUUUUAUUUAUUCUCCUGACUUCCACCACCGCCCGUGGAACGACACCCUAAAACAACUCUGGACAAAGGGCGAGGAAAUGCAGAAUCAGAUGUCUGAUGAAGGCUGUAUUUGUGCCGCAAACUUAAAGCAAACUAGCAGUAUCUCGCCAUUGACUUCUUCCAGGGAGUGAGGGAGCUGCCUGUCUGUAGAUUCUCUUUUCUAGGUGUUCUGUCUGGUGGAAGCUGCCUGCAAUAAGCGAGAUAACGUUUUUCAUUAAAAAAGAGGAUCGAAGCGUUGUUGACAUAGCGUCAUGGCAGCUGCAGUCAGUCCCCAUCUGAAGGAAGUUACACUUGUAAAAGUAUGCGGAAGGCCAAUCAGCACCAGUCAUCCUGUUGCGUCAAACAUCCGGAAUGAAGCCAACUUUUGGAAGGGUGUUCACCUUAGAAGACCUGGAUCUAUGCUCCGGAAAAGUCUUUGGGGGUUCAGCUGGGGUGGCCUUAAGCAAGACCAUCAAAUCCUCCUGCCCGGGCAUACUGGAAUUUGGCAGGGCGCUAGUCAAAGACACAAUGCGGGUCCAACUCGUCUACAGAGCAGAACUUGCUUCAGAGCAUCGCUUUCCUCUGCAACUCCAAGCGGCGUCGUCGUGACUGGUGCGUCAAAAGGGCUGGGUUUCGCCCUUGCUCAGGAGUUUCUGAAGCAAGGGGACAAUCUGGUCAUAUGCUCACGUACCCAGGAGGGUGUGGACAAAGCUGUGGCCUCUCUUAGAGGCUUGGAGAAUGCCUCCGGAGGGCGGGUUCACGGGUUGAAGUGCAAUGUAGGGGCGGCAGAGGAUGUGGAAAAGCUGAGUGUGUUUGCCCAAGAAAAACUAGGGACGGUGCACAUCUGGUUGAACAACGCAGGCCAGGUGACCAGCAAGCGCCUCCUUGCAGACGUGCCCAUAGACGAGAUCCAGUCCGCGGUGUCCUGCAAUGUGUUGGGGUCUCUCUUCGGCAGCCGCGCGGCCGUUCAGCUGAUGCGGGAACAACCGGGAGCCCGAGAGGGCCCCCCACAAUAUCAUAUCCUCAACUUCGGCUUCACAGACUUUGGGGUGAAAAACACAAAGAGCGCCACCACGCACAAGGCGACCAAGUCCAGCUUGAUGUGGCUCACGAGGGCGCUUUUGGACGAACUGAAGGAAGCUGGUCUUCUGGGCAUUGGCGUCCAUAAUUGCUCUCCCGGUAUGGUCCUAACCGACCUUCUUCUCAAAGACUCCACUCCGUCUGCUCGGCGCUUCUUCAACGCUUUGGCCGAAGAACCUGAAACGGUUGCGGCUGGGUUGGUGCCCAAGAUAAAAGAGCUCAGCUUGCGCGACGCAAGUGUUAAUUAUCUCACUCCAUUCGGGGCUGUUAGCAAAAUCGUAACGGGUCUGCCGCAGAUAGUGCAAGGUGGAAGAUUCUUUGAUAAAGAGGGGAAGCGAGUGCAACAGCCUGGAGCAGAAUAUGCAGAAAACGGAGUUCGAGUGCAAUUAAGCGAGAAGGUGAGCGCUCCUGAGUUGCACGAAGAGAGGACGCAGGUAUACUGAUGGGCAGUGUUGCUGUUCUGUGUCGCUCUGCAAAGGGGCAAAGAAAUCAAGGGUAGGACGAGUUAUGUGACCCAUGAUCUCUCAACUAAUAACGAGCUUUCCUGAGCGUUCAUCCGCAAUGAAGCAGAUCUGUAACCGUUGAGAGUAGUCAUGUCUGAUAUUCAAGGAACAGGAGCAAUGAAGUUUGCUCUUAGGUGUGCGCAACUUGAUCAGUGCGGUGGACCCGUUGGAACUGUGAUCGAAUCAUCAACUUCGACCAUUUGACCUUCUGUGAACGGAAGCUGUGAUUCCAAACUUGUACCAAAUAUUGGCCGCCGUAGCUUGUUCUAAGCAGGCAACAGCUGGAAUCUGCAUUGGAC